ACCAAGGCCGGAUGUCCCUAAUGAACUGGCCAGGAUUUUUCAUGCGGACUCUAAUGAUGAAUCAUUUUGCAGUUUCUUAGACAGUGAGAUACAAGACGGAAUGAGGCUGCAGUCAAUUCGGGAAGGCUGUAGGACCCGCAGCCGGUGCAGACACUCUGGACCUCUCAGAGUGGCGGUGAAGUUUCCAGUGCGAAGUACCAGAGGAGCAACCAGCAAAAAAGCAGAGCUCUCGCAGCCCUCCGAGAAUUCUGUGACUGAUUCCAACUCCGAUUCAGAAGAUGAAAGUGGGAUGAAUUUUUUGGAGAAAAGUGCUUUUUUUUAUUGCAUCUUAGGUUUUGGGGUACGUGUGAAGAACACGCAAGAUAGUUGCAUAGGUGAAAAGUGCUUUAAAUAUAAAGCAAAAAAAGCAAUGCUUGCAAAACUCAUGCCUGAAGUAGAAAGCUUCCCUGGCUGGUUCCCUGGAAGAUAUUCCCUCCCAGGCUCCAACUCACAACCGAGGAGUCCUCAAAGGCGUACAUUCUCAGGGGUUGCAUCCAGGAGAAACCCCGAACAGAGAGCUGGUCUUCUUACCAGAUCAAGGCUUCGGAUCCUCUAGUCCAUUGACACCCGACCCAUGGAGGAGGAAGAGGAUAACUACAUGUUGGUGAAACAGAGGACGACUAUGGACAGCUACAUGAACGAAGAUGACAUGCCCAGAAGUCAUCCCUUCAGAUCGUCCGUGACGCUUCCCCAUAUAAUUCGCCCAGUGGAAGAAAUUACAGAGGAAGAGUUGGAGAACAUCUGCAGCAACUCUCAAGAGAAAAUACAUAGCCAUUCA